AGAAGUCAGUUGACGUUUGACUGGUGUACCGCGUAGACCUGUAUUUUGUCACAGAUUCUUGUCAAAUUUUCGAAAAACAUAGAUUGAUAGUGAAAGUGAUUAAUAAUUCUGGUUGAAUUUGAACGAAAUUUGAGAGAUUUCGGUGAUAGAAGGAAGGAGGGGGGUUGAUAAGAGCUUUUCAGUAAGCAACUUUUUGGAAAAAGUUUCAGAUCGCUUUUCACACGACCAGGACUGGUUGAGUUUGGCUCAACUCUCCUGGUAAAGAAGCGCUUGUAAGGCAGCCAUCAUUUCAUUAGAGGCAUAUAACAGAUUUAUAUCUUCUAACGCAAGAUGCGGUCUAGCCAAGAAGAAGUUGGCUUCAUCUCCUGGCGAGAAAUUCAGUGCACUUCACAAGCUACCAAUGACAAAGUCUUCCUCCUCACUGGAGGAGCAUCCCUACUGCAAGCGGGAGGAGGAGCAGGAGGAGGGAGAGAGGAGGAGGCCGCCGCCGCCUGCUAUGGAGUGGUCGGAGAACUUCCAGGAUCUCAGCAUAUUCUGCAAUUUUGGAUCCAAACCGCCAAUCAACACAAACAUGACGCUGCCAUCGGGUGAACAGCUGGACACGCCUAUUAUUACAGUAAACGAUGAAUUUGAUUUUAGUCAGCGCAGUUGUUCACGGGUGACUCAGCAGCAGCAGCAGCAUCAGUCAGCUGACGACGACAAUCCGUGGGCCGAUCUCAACCUACAACAACAUCCACCCGACAACAACAAUUCACAACAACCGUCAACAACCGACAACAACAACGUAAAACAGUGGCAAGUAGUGACCGAUUGGUUGUGUGCCGAUUCGCCCAAGCAAAUCGACUACGAGCCACCCUCCGAGUCGACAAAUUUCGCCGCUGAAGACGAUCAUAAAAAUUUCGCUGACGCAGCCACUUUUGGCGAAGAGGAGGAUCAUCACAACAAUUUCGCUGACACUGCAAAAAUUGGGCAACAUUUUUCUGUUAGACCACCCUUAACCAAGUUGGACCACGAAUUUGAAAAAGAUCCGCCACCGAAUUUUGACGCAUCGGAGGAUGAUUUUGUGGUGGAGGAGAUUUUGAACAAGGAGCAGACCAUUGAUAUCGUGGAACUGCUGAAAAGUGCUAAUAACCGUGGAGAACUGUUGAAAUCUGGUGAUAGAGUACAGUAUUUGGUGGCUGGUGGUGGUAAAACGAUUCCAGUAACUGGUAUCAGUAACAGUGACAGAUUGCCUGGUGGUAAAACAAUCCCAGUAACUGGUUUCAGUAACAGUGAUAGAUUGAUGGGUGGUAAAACACUCCCAGUAACUAGUAACAGUAACAGAUUACCAGCUGGUAAAACAAUCCCAGUAACUGGUAUCAGUAACAGUGACAGAUUGAUGGGUGGUAAAACACUCCCAGUAACUAGUGAUAGAUUAUCAGGUGGUAAAACAAUCCCAGUAACUGGUAUCAGUAACAGUGACAGAUUGAUGGGUGGUAAAACACUCCCAGUAACUAGUGAUAGAUUAUCAGGUGGUAAAACAAUCCCAGUAACUGGUAUCAGUAACAGUGACAGAUUACCAGGUGGUAAAACUAUCACAGUAACUGGUACCAUACAGCAAUACUUACCCGGAACAGAUACUGCCAGAAAAAUGCAAUACUCAGCCGGUAAGGUUGUAGAUGCUAGUAACAGAAUGCAAUACUCGGUUGCUGGUAGUAAAUUAGUAACAGAUACCAGUAACAGUUCAAGAAUGCAGCAAUACCCGGGGAAAAAAGUUUUAGUAACUGAAUUUGAUGGCGGUUCAAGAAUGCAGUAUGCUUGUGAUAGGGAGAAUGUAGCGAAUACCAGUUCCAAAAUGCAAUACUCAGGUGAUAGAGUUGAAGGAGCAGAUAAUAACAGUUCCAGGCUGCAAUACUCAGGUGAUACAAAUAAGGUAGCAGAUAAUAACAGUUCCAGAUUGCAAUAUUCCGGUGAUAAAGUAGCAGAUAUGGAGUACUCAUUGAUCGGUGGUAAUAACAGUAAUAAAUUAAGCAAUAGAAUGGACUACUCGUUUGUAGGUAACAAAGAACCGGUUACAGUUUCAGUAACUGACAGUUCCAGUAGAGAAGUGCUGCGUAACAGUUUAAUGUUGAAGAAAGAUGUCAAUAUUAGGAAGAACAGCAGACACCCUUUGAGCGCCAUGUUUAAAACCGAGGAGCCAUCUUUGUUUGGCGCGAAAAAUUUGAAAACUCUAGUGCUGCCAUCUGUCCGUAGCGGCGAAGUGAUAGAACUAGGAUCGGCGUCUCCUGGUAAAAGUGAGGUUAUUUUUGGAGAGGACUUUGUGAUGCCUGAAAUUAAGAUCGAGCCAGAGGAGGUGGAGGAGGAGGAGGGGGAGAAGGAGAUACAAGUUGCACCUUUCAAGGCGCCCCAGAAAAAGUUGAAGCUGGACAUCCGGUCGGCGAACAACCCCCUGGGUUUAGGGGGGCCCGUGUUGACCCCUACUACUACGGCCGCUGUGCUGGGGGAGUCGCUGGACACCCCCGAUGUCCUCAAACCCCUUCUGGAAGGGAUCGACGGUCCGAGCUUCGAUCUGAUCAAGUAUUGUGAGGUUGACGAACUAGCCGGUAUUCCUUCACCUCUGGUAGUUGACAACACCCGCAAAACAAUCCCGAAAAAAGUUCUGGCAAACUACAGCGCCGUCAAGAUAGAGGAGGGCUACGAGAUAGAGCGAGAGAGAGAACCGCUUUCGACCAUCAAGGAGGAAGACAUCACUACCGACGACUCACUUCCGGUGGCGCGAAAUUCGAAUUUUGCAGCGGCGGGAAAUUCAAAUUCAAAAGUUCUGCCGCCACGCAAGAAGGUCACCCCUACUCGGAAGCGUAGGAAGACAAAUUUCGAGAACUACGAUUCUGAGAUUAGUUCCGACGCCUAUGUCGAUAAUGAAGACGAUGAUGAAACCUUCCAUCUGCCGCCCAAGGUUGCCAGGUUCGGUGGGUCGAAGUCGAAAUCGAUCAGUCGACAGCGCAAAACAUCGAUAGUCGCAUCGCCCGGGAACCGGAAGGUGUCGUCUUCGGGUGUCGACUCGGACCAGGAGUCGAUCAUGUCGCAGGAUCGAUAUCGGGAGCUUCGAGAUCGCAACAAUGAGGCGUCGAAACGGUCGCGCAUGAACCGGAAGUCGAGAGAGAUGGAGAUGAAGGAGAAAGCGGAAGAGAUGGAAAGGCGCAACAAGUUUUUGAAGGCACGCGCCAAUCAUUUGGACAAGAUGGUGGAGACUUUUCGAGAGGUCAUUUUCAAAUUGGCGCCUCGCAAUAAUCAUUAGUGGUCGAUCGUUCAGUAUCGAUAUUUUAUUCUAUAGUUGUCAAGUAUCGACAGUUUUGUUGAUACUUUAACAGUUCAAUAGAUAUUCUUGGAAUAAAAUUUCAAAACCUCCUGUGAAACUUUUUUUUAGUUUGUAUUGGACCGUAGAAACGAUUUAAGUGAGUAGUGGUUGAUCAUUAAGUAUCGAUAGUUGUCGACUGUCAAAAGUUUUGUUAAUACUUUGAUAAAUCAUUCGAUAUUCUAAUUGAUAGUUGUCUACUGUCAAAAGUUUCGUUGAUACUUUGAUAAUUCAUUAGAUAUUCUUGGAAGAACAUGUCAAAACCUCCCGUGAAACCUUUUUUUGUUUAGAUUAUAUAGGAACGUAGAAAAAAUUGAGAGUAAUGAUUGAUGAUUUAGUAUGAAUAGUUUUGUCAAUAGUAGUUGUCGAAUGUCUAUAGUUUUGUUGAUACUUUGUUAAUUCAUUAUAUAUUCUUGGAAGAACAUGUCAAAACCUCCCGUGAAACCUUUUUUUGAGUUUUGUAUUGGACCUAAUAAGUAGUACAAGAAAUUAUUAGUAGACCAAAUUAGUAGUACAGUGUAAUCACUUUCAGAGUAGUGAGUUCAAUUCUUGAUAUUUCAAUCCAUAUUUUGUUAGUUUGAUACUUGGAUUACGAUAGUUUGAUAAAUAUUUUAAAAAGAACCUGUCGAAACCUCCUGUGAAAACAUUUUUGAGUUAAAUAUCGGACCGUAGAAAUAAGUAAUAAAUUGUAACCACUUACACAGAGUAGUGAGUUCAAUUAUUGAUAUUUAAAUCUAUAUUUUGUUGGCUUUAUACUUGGAUUACGAUAAUUUGAUUCAUAUUUUAAAAAGAACCUGUCAAAACCUCCUGUGAAAACAUUUUUGAGUUAAAUAUUGGACCGUACAAAUAAGUAAUAAAUUGUAACCACUUACAUAGAGUAGUGAGUUCAAUUAUUGAUAUUUAAAUCUAUAUUUUGUUGGCUUUAUACUUGGAUCACGAUAAUUUAAAAAAUUUGGUAUUGAUAUUAAAAAAAAACCUGUCAAAUCCUCCUGUGGAACCUUUAUUUUAGUUUGUAUUGGACCGUCGAAAAGAUUCAAAAAUGGAAGGAUGUAUCGACUUUGUGUAGUGUUCAGUUUAAUUCUUAAUAAUUCAAUCAUUAUUUUGUUAGUUGAGAAUAUAUUUCUGGAAAUUCUGAUCGUACAAUUCUUGAUGAUUUAAUCAUUAUUUUGUUAGUUGAGAAGAAUUAUUUCUGGAAAUUCUGAUCGUACAAUUCUUGAUGAUUUAAUCAUUAUUUUGUUAGUUGAGAAGAUAUUUUUGAAAAUUCUGAUCGUUCAAAUCUUGAUGAUUUUAUCGAUAGUUUGAUAGUUGUAUCAAUAUUGUUUUGAAAGAGAUGGUCAAAAUUUCCCAUCUUUGAGUUUGUAGUAGACAGCAGAUAUGAGUAUCACUACUGUAUAUAUUUAUAUUCUGACUACAGUAUCACCACUGUAGAAUGACUUCUGAUAAUAUUCAGUCGAUAUUCGGUUAGUUCGAUGUAGUUUUGUAUCAGUUUGCUAGUUCAAACGAUAUUCUUGGAAGAAUUUGUCAAAACUUGAUGAGAAACCUAUUUAUUAGUUUGUAUAGAUCCUAAGAGAUGAGAUAGAGUUAUAAUCUAAUCUUUAAAGUGAAAAAAUCUAAACUUAAUCGAUUAAUGUUUGCCCAAUAUUUUUGUAUCGAUUUGUAAGGAUCGAUAUUUUAGUAGUCUGGUUUUAUUAUCGAUAUCUAAUGAUUGUGAUAGUUUGUUCAAUAUAUAUUAUCUUGUUCCAUCAAUUGAUAAUUAUUCUGUGUUACCUGAUUUUGUAGAUAUUGAUCCAUUUGUAUUCAAUUAAUAUUGGGUGUGACCUGAUUAUGUAGAAAUCGAUAUAUAUAUAUUCUAUUGAUAAGUCGAUAUUUUGAAGAUCGAUGUUAUCGGUCGUUAUUUUUGUGUGAAAAACAUUCUUUGAAUGGCAACAUCUUUAUGUCCAACACUUGGAAUCUGAUUUUUAUUAAUAAUUGACUAUUGCCAAUAUCUAAAAUAUGUUGAUCAUUUGAUAUGUAUGACAUCUUAAAUAGUAGUCUCAACUUCUAAAAUUGAUAAAAUUAAGUUUAAUAAUUAAAUUUACUGUAUUAAAAUCAUUAUAUCUAUAUUCACACUGUGUCAAAACACGUCAAAAAUAAUAUUAUGAUAACCUUCUCUAUGAUAGUACGUAAUUAAUGUAUUCAAAUUAUGUCAAACAUCAUAGAUAUUCUAUCAUAUUUGUUGUAUUAUGUAAUAAUGAUAUCAAUAAUAUGUGUUUUAUUAUCAGUUUUUUAUCUAAAUUGUUUGAAAAGUAUACUAUAUCUACUCUAGUUCAAGAGAUUAUGAGUUUUUAUCUGUAUUUGUAAUGCACGUCUGUUUCAUGGAAUAAAAUUUAUAAAAUGUCA